AUGGCUCGUAAAGCCGAAGCCGCCGCCCAAAAGCAAGCUGUACUAGACUCAAAAAAAGCUGCAGAUGAUGAACGCAAAUGGCAGCAGGGCUCUAAAUCAAAUACCAAAAAAGAAUCAGAAGAGUCAAAGCGUACGGAGCUUGCUCGGAAAAAGGCCGAGCGCGAUGCUCUCCUAGCAGCAGAAGAAGCGUCCCAGCCCUCCAAGCCCAAAGGGGCUGGUGCAAAAUCUGCAGCCAAAAAAACUCGCGGAACACUAGACCUCUCCCAUUUAGAUGAAGCCCUAGCGGGUAAUACAUCUGGAUCCAAGAAAGUGACAGCCCUGAACGCCUCGGGUAUCGACAAUGCACUAGACGCGCUAUCACUAACGGCACAUUCCGAUCAAACGAAGAUCGACCGGCAUCCUGAACGCAGAUUCAAAGCCGCCUACGCAGCAUUCGAAGCGCGUCGUCUACCCGAGAUUGAAAGUGAGCAACCGGGGCUGAGAAGGCAGCAGAGAAUCGAGCUCGUGAGAAAGGAGUUUGAGAAGAGCGAAGAGAAUCCGUUCAACAAAGUCAAUGUGGCAUAUGACGCGAGUAGGGAUGAAGUUGCAAAAAUUAAGGAGACUGAGAGAGCAAAAAUUGAGAAUCGCUUGGCGGAUAGAUGA